AUGAAAUUAUCCUUUCAGAUAGUGUUCAUCCGCUGGAAGAAAAGGUUGGCUGAGAAAGAAAAGAGAAGAAGGCUCCCAACGAGAAGAAAGUUAAUCUCCUCUCUAGUUACGACACCAAUCUACAUUCCUUUCGAUCACCAGAUCAGUAUACUCUUAAGAUUGCCUGUCAAGUAUUUAUCGAGAUUUCGAUGCGUUUCAAAUCUUUGGUCUUCUAUGAUCACUAGCCGAGAUUUCAGGAACAUGCACUUGAAUUUUGCUUCUUCCUCAGCGCCUCCUCUUCUCCUCGUCGCUCUUGAGGACUUGAGCAGAAAAAAGCUUCUGCUAGUCUCGUUGCCUAACCCUCACGCAUCCUCCUCUUCCUCAUAUUGUGUACCCUACAAAGACCUAAGCCUACUCAAAAUUGUUGGGAAAGUGAUGUAUAAUGCGGUUCGGGGCUUUAUUUGCGUUAAAAGUAGACUAAAGGUUAAGAUUUUGAACCCCAUCUCGAGGCAGCUCCAAUGUUUGCCCAAAAUUAAAUUCAAAGAUUAUCCGAAAGGACAUCCAUUCUCCGAGUACUUUUUUGGGUACGACCCUGUUGAAGAUCAAUACAAGGUGCUCGCCAUCGAUAACUCACCUUCGAGAGCGGAGCACAAGGUUCUACAAGUGGGAAGAAACAGAGCUUGGAGAGAGGCACAAUGUACUGUUGCCUGUCCACAUAAGGUUCAUACUUCAGGGCUGUAUAUGAACGGGACCGUGUACUACGGGGCUUCCAGGACGGACAUUGAUAGCCCAAAUAAUUCUAUGAUUGUGAGUUUUGAUGUUAAGCUUGAAACGUUCAAAUUCAUCAAAGUACCAAGCAAAGUUCUACCAAUGGGUUAUGAGAACAUGUGGCGUGUGCAUCCUUGUGCUUACGGCACAGAUAAAACUCUGAUCAACUACAAAGGAAAACUUGGUGUGGUUGAGAAUCCUCGUCUUAAGGGUAGUUUUAGAAUGUGGGUUGUGGAAGAUGCUGAGAAAGGGGAAUGGUCCAUGAACACUUAUCAUCUGCCCAAAUCUGCUGCUGGCCAUUACUUCAUGGUCAUGGAUACUUAUUCUACCGGAGAAAUCUGUCUCGUUCCAAGCCAGUUGUCGGAUCCGUUUUGUCUAUUUUAUUACAAUUUGGAGAAGAAUAGCAUGAGAAAUGUCAUAGUUGAAGGAUUGCCAAUUUCCGAGUUUAAGCAUGCUUAUGUGACUGUUUCAGAUUAUUAUGAAAGCCUCAUGUUCUUAGGAACUUGA